CGGCUAUUGUUUAAGAUGGCGCACGUGGUACCUUUGCUGCUCGGCCUUUGCCUGGCCCUUGUCUCCUUGGCUGGAGCACUCCCCUUGCAGGACUCCGACUCGGGCUCACCCAACGGCCGCAUUGUGGGCGGCUAUGAGACGAACAUUGCGGUCUAUCCGCAUCAGAUCUCACUGCGACGCAAAGGAAUCACAACUCCCAAGAAUGCCUUUACGCACAACUGCGGGGGCUCCAUCCUCACCAAGGACACCGUCAUCACGGCCGCACACUGUAUUAUUGCCACGGUGGCCUCUCAGUACAAGGUCGUGGCAGGCACCAGCCGCAGGAAUGGCAGCGACGGCAUCAUCGUCUCCGUCGACGAAAUUGUCAUGCACGAGAACUACAAUCCCGACAACUACGACAACGACAUUGCUCUGCUCAGGCUGAGCUCGCCGCUGCCCUUGAACAACUUUACCAUGAGAGCAAUCGAGCUGCCAACAGAGCCAGCGAGCGAUGGAGCCAUUAGCACUGUCAGCGGCUGGGGCACCACCCAGUCCGGCGGCACGGCAUCGGAUCAGCUACGAGCUGUCGAUGUUCCCAUCGUUAGCAACGAGGUCUGUGACGAGGAUUACGGAGGCGGACGCAUCACGGCGGGCAUGCUGUGCGCAGGUGUGCGCGGCCAGGGUGGCAAGGAUGCCUGCCAGGGUGACUCUGGGGGUCCGCUGAUCGUUAAGAAUAAGCUGCAAGGCAUCGUCUCCUGGGGCAGAUUGUGCGCUCUGCCCACGCAUCCGGGCGUUUACACCAAUGUCUUCCACUAUCUCGACUGGAUUAAGUCCAAGGUGCAGUUGGCCUAAAAAUAUUCCAGCAGUUGGCCGAAGGGCCCCACGAAUGCUUCAUUUGUGUCACAUGUCUGAAUAAAUUUGUAAUUGGCGACCAAUUG